GGAGGUCAAGAAGGAGACCGUGCGGUUGGACAAGAGCACCAACAAGAUUGCUUUGUCAGAGGAGAAGGAGAAGCUCACUCUCUUGGAUACUAUCGGGACGGCCGUCAAAGACGUCGCCAUGGUGCUCAGCGGCAACGCCAAAGGGUCUGUGACGCAAAAUGACAUCAUCGAGAAAGUAGACGCGUGUGAUAAGGCCGGCAUUACGCUCAACAGUUUCAUUCGGUCCGAGCUUGUUCGUGCACGCCAAGAUCUCAACCUCCGGUAUGGGAAGUUCAUCGAGUUUGCCCAGAUGUUGUUUGCGGCGUCUCCUGAAUUCGAAGAGCUUCGCAAGGUGGGCAUCGACCGGACCAACAUGAAGGAGUUUGCGAUGGACUUGGUCGAGAAGGCAACGAGCUCGAUUAUCCAGGCAAUCCCUGACAACCACACCACGAAGUCUGGCGAGAAAGCGAAGCAGGAGGCGAUCGAGUUCUUGGACGUCAUCCAAACCGCCCUGAAGAACGAGAAUUUCUUGGCCGCCGCCUUCUUGCAUCAACGCAAG